AUGGGGCAUGGCGAGGAGCCGCUCUCCCAGCAUGCCACGGGGCACGGCGAAGAGCCGCUCUCCCAGCAUGCCACGGGGCACGGCGAAGAGCCGCUCUCCCAGCAUGCCACGGGGCACGGCGAAGAGCCGUUCUCCCAGCAUGCCACGGGGCACGGCGAGGAGCCGCUCUCCCAGCAUGCCACGGGGCACGAACCGCUCUCCCAGCAUGCCACGGGGCACGGCGAGGAGCCGCUCUCCCAGCAUGCCGCGGGGCACGGCGAGGAGCCGCUCUCCCAGCAUGCCGCGGGGCACGGCGAGGAGCCGCUCUCCCAGCAUGCCGCGGGGCAAGGCGAGGAGCCGCUCUCCCAGGAUGCCGCGGGGCACGGCGAGGAGCCGCUCUCCCAGCAUGCCACGGGGCACGGCGAAGAGCCGCUCUCCCAGCAUGCCGCGGGGCAAGGCGAAGAGCCGCUCUCCCAGCAUGCCGCGGGGCAAGGCGAGGAGCCGCUCUCCCAGGAUGCCGCGGGGCACGGCGAGGAGCCGCUCUCCCAGCAUGCCGCGGGGCACGGCGAGGAGCCGCUCUCCCAGCCAUGCCACGGGGCACGGUGA